CACAUUGGAUACACAUUACUUUUAGCUUAAAGUAUUCUGAUUUGGUGGUAAAGAUGUUUUUCUCACCAGCCCGCUGUCUCAUCCUUCUACUCGUCUUAAACUUCACAGAUGCUGGACGGAUUCUGUGGAAGAUCAAGGAGCGUGUGCGUAAUCUCCAGCUGCAGAAAGCCAAGCCGCAUCUCCAGAAGCAGACGGUCAGUGGUCGUCAACCUCUCCAACAUGUUAAGGAGGGCAGGAUUCACCAACAGCUGGACCACUUCAACCGACAAGACGUUAGCACCUUCCCUCAGAGGUUCUUUGUGAAUGAGGCGUACUGGCAACGUCCUGAUGGUCCAGUGUUCCUCUUCAUCGGAGGAGAAGGGCCAAUCUUUGAGUUUGAUGUUCUGGCAGGUCACCAUGUUGACAUGGCUGAAGAGAACGGGGCUUUGCUAUUGGCUCUGGAGCACCGUUUCUAUGGUGACAGCAUUAACCCUGACGGCCUCAAAACGGAGAACCUGGCAGACCUGAGCAGCCAGCAAGCGCUUGCUGACUUGGCUGUUUUCCAACAGUACAUCAGCCAAAACUUUAAUCUGAGCCACAGGAACACCUGGAUCAGCUUUGGAGGCUCGUACUCGGGAGCUCUGUCUGCCUGGUUCAGAGGAAAGUUUCCCCACCUGGUGUAUGGAGCUGUGGCCUCCUCUGCUCCUGUCAAGGCGAAGUUGGACUUCUCUGCCUACAGCCAUAUCGUUGGCUUGAGUCUUACGAACGAAGCAGUUGGUGGCUCAGAAAAGUGUCUGGUGGGUGUGCGGGAAGCCUUUGCUGCUGUGGAAGCACUAAUGAACGGGAAUGCUAGCCAAGUGGCCAUGGAUUUUGGCUGCUGUACGACCCCUAAGAAUCUUGAUGAUCAGAUUGAACUAAUGCAAAACCUGGCUGACAUCGUCAUGGGAACAGUGCAGUACAACGAAGAAGGAGUGCUCAUGUCUAUUAAUGAGCUCUGUGGUGUUAUGACCAAUAAGAGCAAGGCAUAUGAGGAGGAGAUGGAGGCUUACAACCGCCUUGUUAAACUUGCUAAGAUUUACCAUUCCACCAGUGAGGAACCAUGUCUGGGCAUCUCCCAUGAGAAAACAGUGAAAGAUAUGAUGGAUACGUCCCUCCCCUUAGGCAGGAGAGCGGAGAGACAGUGGACUUACCAGACCUGCACCGAGUUUGGCUUCUACCAGACUUGUGAGGAUGCCACUUGUCCGUUCUCUGGGAUGAUGACCCUCCAAGCUCAGACUCAAUUCUGUCCCAUGCUGUUUGGCAUUUCCCAGCAUUCCCUGCCUGGACGCAUUGCUUUCACAAACACUUAUUAUGGAGAAAAUGACAACCCACACACACACAGGGUCCUCUAUGUCAAUGGGGGAGUUGACCCAUGGAAGGAGCUGUCGGUGGUCCAGGAGAGGACAGAGGACGGAGAGGGAGACCACACCAUUUUCAUUAGGGACACUGCUCACUGUGCUGAUAUGAUGAGUAGAAGAGUCACAGACCGCUGCUCACUCAAGAAAGCCAGAGAGGAGAUUGAGAAACAUGUGGUCCGUUGGCUGAAGAUGGCUGCUGCAGGAGAAAAUUAAGAAAAGGACGGUGUGAUCAGUUUACAUUACAUAAAUCCUGAUCAGCUCUCAUCACUGACCCCUGAAACAGAUAAGGAGCAACUAGUGUGCUUGGCUGGUCUGCUUCAUCCUCAUCUUCCUCUAUUUCCUCUCUAAGCCACUCCUGUUCUCCACCUCCGCCCCAUCCAUCCACAACCAUCUCUGCACUGUGCUUGAUCUGUGUGAUUUGGUUUUAUUCCCAAAGGAUUUUUUUGGGGGUUUUCACAGAUGUAUUAAAAGUUGAAAUCAAUUUGGAAUUCCAGAAGAAGUUUUAUUCAUGCUCCU